CGCACAAACGUCUUACUCAACUCACACACACUCUCUCUCUCUUCGGGGGAAGAGACACACUGUUCACAUAACUGUUGGGUGUUUCCUCCUCCGUUCUCUGCAAAACCCUAAUCAAUGAGGCUCCGUUCUCGUCCUUCAUCGUCUUCCGCCAGAGGAGAACAAAGCUGCCAAUAUCAGGACAGCUCUGAUGAGGAUGACGUUCUUUUUAUAGCCUCGGAUUCUGAUUACAUUGGAAGCAGUGAUGAAGAUGAAGUAGUUAAUUUGUUGGACGAAGCCCAAGCUAAUGGAGUUCUUGAUAGUAAUUUAAAAGUGGUAUGUUCCAAUAAAACAAAAAGAAAUGGGGGCCAAAAGAGUAUUGAAACAAAAGAAGAUCAGGUAGAAGAAGAGGAACAUGCAGAUUGGGUAUUGAAUGAAAUAGGAGGGGGUGGUGAAGUAGAUGCUGGCUACUUUCAGUUGAUGGGGAGGAUAGAUGAUAGGAAGAAGAACCGUGAAAAGAAUAAAAAGAAGAGACCCACUUUGAUGUGGGAGAUCUGGGAAGAAGAUAACGAUAGGUGGAUGGCUGAAAACUAUACAAAUGAUCUAGACUUCAAUAGUCAGAAUGAGUUGGUGACUGAAACUGCUAAGCCACCAUCUGAUUUGAUCAUGCCCUUGCUGAGGUACCAGAAAGAGUGGCUGGCUUGGGCGUUGAAGCAAGAAGAAUCUACUGCUAGAGGCGGUAUUCUUGCUGAUGAGAUGGGGAUGGGGAAGACUGUUCAAGCCAUAGCUCUUGUGCUUGCUAAACGCGAACUAGGGCAAGCAAUUUCUGAUUCCAGUUUGCUCUCACCUGCCCCUUGUACUUCCCAGGAGCUCCCUGCAGUGAAAGGAACCCUAGUUAUAUGUCCUGUUGUUGCUGUGAUUCAGUGGGUCAGUGAGAUUGACCGCUUCACCACUAAAGGAAGCAACAAAAUUCUUGUUUAUCAUGGUGCCAACAGGGAGAAAAAUAUUGACAAAUUUGCGGAAUAUGAUUUUGUUAUCACUACGUACUCAACAGUGGAGGCUGAGUAUAGGAAAAAUGUGAUGCCACCAAAGCAAAAAUGCCAGUGGUGUGGAAAGUCUUUUUAUGAACAAAAGCUUUCUGUUCACCAGAAGUACUUUUGUGGACCAGAUGCUGUUAAAACUGCUAAACAAUCAAAGCAACAGAGCAAGCCUGGAGGAAAAACGUCAAUGCUGAAAAAGAAUUCUACUGAAAGUGAUUUAAAGAUUGAUACGGGUAAAAGAGGUCGUGGAAAGGGAAUAAAGCGCAAAAGCGAAACUGAUGCUGGUUCUGUUGAUGAUUCAGCCUGUGUCGGUCAAGAUAUGUCCAUGAGGAAGUCAGUGUUGCACUCUGUGAAGUGGAAUCGUAUCAUUUUGGAUGAGGCCCAUUAUGUAAAAGAUAGACGCUGCAACACUACCAGAGCUAUUCUUGUGCUAGAAUCAUCUUAUAAGUGGGCCUUAAGUGGUACUCCCCUCCAGAACCGUGUAGGAGAGCUGUACUCACUUGUCCGUUUCCUGCAAAUUGUUCCUUACUCAUACUACUUCUGCAAAGAUUGUGAUUGCAGAGUUCUGGACUAUAGCUCAUCCGAGUGCCCACAUUGCCCCCACAAAUCUGUUCGGCACUUUUGCUGGUGGAAUAGAUAUAUUGCCUCACCCAUACAAUCUCAAGGGAAUCAUGGGACUGGUAGAGAUGCGAUGGUUUUGUUGAAACACAAAAUUUUGAAAAGCAUAUUGCUAAGACGUACUAAAAAGGGAAGGGCUGCUGAUCUUGCACUUCCUCCAAGAAUUGUUACCUUGCGGAAAGAUUCCUUGGAUGUUAAAGAAGAAGACUACUACACAUCACUGUACAAUGAAAGCCAGGCACAAUUUAAUACAUACAUUCAAGCUGGUACAUUGAUGAAUAACUAUGCUCACAUUUUUGAUCUACUCACACGCCUGCGACAGGCAGUUGAUCAUCCUUACCUUGUGGUAUACUCAAGUACUGCUUUAGCUAGAAGAGGAAGCACAAAUGAUGCUGGCUAUGUUGAACAACCAUGUGGUUUAUGUCAUGAUCCAGUAGAAGAUCCAGUUGUUACUUCUUGCACACAUGUCUUUUGCAAGUCAUGUCUAAUAAAUUUUUCUGCAAGUGUGGGACAAGUUUCAUGCCCUUCAUGUUCUAAGCCACUUACUGUGGAUUUCACGGCAAAUGAUAAGGGGGAUCAGAAAUCUAAAGUGACUAUCAAAGGGUUUAGGUCCUCAAGUAUACUGAACAGAAUUCAUCUUGAUGAUUUCCAGACAAGCACAAAAAUAGAGGCUUUGAGAGAAGAAAUAAGGUUCAUGAUUGAAAGAGAUGGUUCCGCGAAAGCAAUAGUCUUCAGUCAAUUUACAUCAUUUUUGGAUCUGAUACACUAUUCUCUACAGAAGUCGGGCAUCAGUUGUGUUCAAUUAGAUGGAUCCAUGUCUAUCACUGCCAGAGAUUCUGCAAUUACAAGAUUCACCCAGGAUCCAGAUUGCAGGAUAUUCCUUAUGAGCUUGAAAGCCGGAGGUGUUGCCCUCAAUCUUACAGUGGCAUCACAAGUUUUCUUGAUGGAUCCUUGGUGGAAUCCUGCUGUGGAGCGGCAAGCCCAAGAUAGAAUCCAUCGAAUAGGGCAGUAUAAACCAAUCAGGAUUGUGAGAUUUGUGAUUGAGAAUACAAUUGAGGAGAGGAUCUUAAAGUUGCAAGAGAAGAAGGAGCUAGUUUUUGAAGGGACGGUCGGUGGCUCUUCUGAGGCCUUGGGGAAACUAACGGAGGCAGACUUGAAGUUUUUGUUUGUAACCUAACUUAGAUUAUGUUCUGUUACUUGGUUCAGCAAGAAAGAUCAUUUGAUCUUUGUUUAGUUUCUUGCUUGAAUCUUGUCCCUACUGUUGUUGUCUUUUCAAAGUAGGAAAGUCAAUACUCUUGCUGUUGGUUUUGCAUCAACCUUAACUUUAUUUAUCACCUGUUGGAAUUACCAAUUAUUGUUCCAACAUUUAUUUUCUAUAUAAAUAUAAUAUAAUAUUGUUAGUCUUA